AGGAGCGAGCGCACAAGAACCCCUAGUACUCAACAUCUUCCGAGGAGUCGUCACCUCCCAACAUUUUCAAGCUCCCAACCUUCGUGGUUCAUAGUUAUGAUCAGAAUGACAGCAGACAUCAAACGUCCUCGUGAUCUUCAUCUCCCUCUAUUGGGUGUCCUAGGAGGACUUGUCCUCUUGCUUGCUCUCGCACCUCAUGUGGCCGAUGCGUGUACGUCGAUCGCUAUUGGGCCUGGAGCGACCGAGUUGGGCAACACCAUGGUUUCCCACACAGUUGACUGCCUCAACUGUGAUACAAGAGUGACGUACUGAUCUUACAGUAGCGGCCUCUGUGUUGAUCGAUCUUUGCGCAUUGGCUUCGUGUCAAGAAGUAUCCUCUCACCACAAGAUGAAACACAAGUAGUCAGUACUACUUCUAGUCUGUUUACAACUAGCUGUUGACUCAUGUACUAUCUUCGGAAAUGAAUUAGCUUUGGAUCCAGGAGCAAAAGCAAUGGCAUCGGCUUCUUCAGGUACAUCGCUCCUCGCAAGUAUGCCGAUGGCAAGCGGCCAAUCCAGUUUCAAGUGAUGUCGUAUCCUCGGUUAGUAGCAAACGAUUCGUCUCCGGCUUAUAGUUAAGCACAGGAGAAAAACGAUUGAUAUAAGGACAAGGAGGAGCUCCGUGAACUUCUGGUUCGAUCGAAGUAAGUAUAAGACCAUUUACUUUUAUUCAACAACUAGAAAUAUUUCACCUUUCUCGUCCAAGUCCCUCUCGUCCCACCUCCAACCUCAGCUGCAAACUGACUCCAACCUGAGUUCCUUCCUCCCUGCAAACUGACUCCAUUCCCAACCUCAUUCUUUCUAACCCAAGCCCAACCCCGACGACGAUCCCCAGUUGCAGAAACCUACUCGACUCCAUCCCCAACCUCAUUCUUUCUAACCCAAGCCCAACCCCGACGACGAUCCCCAGUUGCAGAAACCUACUCGCAUCCUAGGCCACAUUCCCGCAGAUCCAGAGCACCUAACCUACGGCUUCUACGACGGUGCCUAUGGCUUGAUGAAUGAGAAAGGGCUAACAUUCGGCGAGUCCACCUGUGGCGGAAACCUGUUUACGACGGCAAGUGAAAAAGGACCAUUUAUGGGCCUGGUACCGAUGACUCAAGUGGCCCUGGAGAGAUGCGAGACGGCGAGGUAAUAAGAAGAAGUACUGAAGAUGUAAAGUAAUGACAAAAUAAAGUACCAGAUCUCAUAGUGGUAGAGACAAAACUACUUGUACUGCUACUGCUCAGCCACCGCCACGACAAAAACAUUAUAUCUUUAUCAGAGUCUGACUAGUUCUAGUUCUACGUCACGUCCUCUACCAGAUGCAGUAGAUGUCAAAUACCCCAUGCCCAUGGCUUCAAAUGACUAUCUCUUCCAGAUGCGCCAUCGCCCUGAUGGGUUCUCUAGCGGUGAAGUACGGCUUCUAUGGCGAAGAUGCUGGACCGGCGGGUGCGGGAGAGAGUCUCCAGAUUGGGGAUGGGAAGGAAGCAUGGGUUUUUCACGUCAUGUCCGAUGGAACACAGUCAGCGAUUUGGGCAGCUCACAAGCUCCCCGACGACCACAUUGCAGUAGUAGCAAAUAGCUUCAUCAUCCGCGACGUAAGGGAUUGUGUCUUCUCUGGGAUCAAGAAGAAGUGGAACGAGGAUCACAAGAGUAGUCAAGUUAAGUGGUUUACCAAGAGACAGAGGGCAUCCUCAACUAUUCGAAAGCUCGAAAUAACCGAGUUACUGACUGAAAUAAGGGAGGUAGCUUAACAUCAAGGCUACUCUUCCUUCUCUACAGUAUCUCGGUUAUUCUCGUCUGUUACUCGCUUAUUUUAGUUUUUCGAGUACUUACGUCAUCCACCCACCUUGUUUGACCAUUUUCCACAGGGCGGAAAAGAAGGUCUACUUCAAGGAUGGCUCUAAGGAUGUGCUUGUACGUACACGUAGUAGCUCUAUCUCCCUGUACGUAAACGUAGACGUAGUAGCUCUAUCUCUAAUCCACAAGUCUCAGGUAUGGACGAAGAGUUCGUCGAAUCAAAGAAGGGUGAUCUGAUGUGCUCAACGAACUUGAAGCCAGUAGCUGUGACGGAGAAGCUGUGGUCGAGUGGAGAAGUAUUUGAUUUUGCACGUGUAUUCGGAAAAGACGCGACGAAAUUCCAGUAUUGGCCACAAAUGCCGCCAGUGCCAUUGUACAUGUCUGGCAGAAUCUGGAGAGUCUUGUCACAGGUGGCCAACACGACUUCAACCUCUUCAACAUCUUCCUCAUCAUCCUCUGCUUCUGGUUCGUCCCUAGCUGCGACGUCUCUUUCCGAGUCCGAAGAUGUUCCUCCUCGAGUUGGCCUCUCAGACGCCGACGGUCGUUUCGGAGACGUGGUUGCGAUUUCCACUACUACUGAGGACAGCGAUGGCGACAUGGAAACUGAGCUUUUGUUUGGAGAGGUGCCUCCGUAUGACCCACUAGUAUUUCCGUUUUCGAUGAAGGUGUCACCAGAAAAAGUCAAAGCAUUCAAGGCGAAGCAUUACGGUACUAGUAAAUGCUGAUGAAGAUGAACAGAAGAAAUUACUAUUAGACUUUAUACCUACAACUUUUUAUAUUCAUUGUUUUUCCUUCCACUUCCUUAUGCUGAUAUAUAACUACGACUUAUAUUAAUGUGCUGGAUCCUCCAUCAUUGUAGAAAUAGAGCUACUGAUGUUGUAAAAUGGAUUGUAGGUCUAUGUUGCUGGAUGAAGAAUACACAUUCAUACUUAUCUCAUUCACGACCCCACACAACUACAGGUAGGAGCGGCCAAACCAGUGGCAAGAUCACUGAGCAAGUGAUGAAGGAUUUGCAUCGCGAUCAUUACGAGGACACCCUGUUGGACUUGAGGAAAGGCAUUGUUGCUGGUCCUUUCGGUAGUCCUAACCGUCUAGAACGUGGUGAAGGGCUAAUCAAACGCGGAGGCCAAUUUGCAAGAGCCAUCUCAAUUCCUAGAACGACAUAUGCAUGGGUCGGCUCGAGCUUUGAUGAAGCGAAAGCGGGGACGACGGGAAUGAAGAUUAUGGAGGAAGCAGGGCUAGUCGUGAAAAAGAAAGUGAAAGAAAAGUGCUAGUGACCUGCAAACCUCACGUAGUACCUGAGAAUCCACAUGCCCAUGAUGUUGGGUCACAGUCCUUUUGAUUAAAUCUUCUAACUUUCGUCGUGGUUGGUUUGCUCCUGACACGCCAGCUAGUAGUGUCUUUUUACCCCUCGUUCUGCCUGAAAAAGCCUCUACCGUUCCCGCUUUGGCAGAGUGCCUGCAACGAGGGUCGAGGAUGAAAGUUGACAGGAAGAGUAGCUUUUGGGCCUUUGAUCUCGUUGCCAACCUAAUGGAAUGGAACUACGAAAAUAUGGAGAAAAACGAUGUACUUCUACUUUCUUCGUUUUUCGUAUGGAGUGCUUUUCAAGAUAGCAAUCACAUUCACCAGUAUCACACCACGCUGCGGCAAUUCUUGAUGAAGACGAUUUGUACUACUAUUGUGAUGAAGAUCAGUUUUUUUUUAGCGUCUGAGAAAGGUCUACUCACCCAGGUCUCUCCGCGAAUUCGCACCUGGGAAAAGAAGAUUCUGAGCCAAGUUGACACACCGAAUUUCGAUGCUUCAAGGCUGCAAAACGAAGUUACUCAAGAUUGGUGGGAUUUUUCUUAUGGUAACGAAGUCACAUGUUGAUGUCAUUAUCGAGAAGAACGUGAUAUUAUGCGCGGCUAUCAGGCGCUUUGGGGGGUUCUUCUUCUUAGUGCCUCUGCAGCUUCAAGAAAGGAGAAUCUCAUUUUCUCGAAGGAAGCAUUGCGAUUUUAAAUUAAACACACAGAUCAAGUACAAGAUCUGUAGAACUACAGGGACGUUUCCGCACUGAAGAUUAUCGCUAAUCUUCCGACUUCCUCAUCGCGAAAUACAACGAUGGUUUUUUAAACCUCGACCUGAAGCAUGGAGGCGUCGGACAGUAUCUAGGAUAUCCCAUUGACUACCUAAAAGAGGUUGGCGUCGACCGCGUGCCACUUGCGAAGUUUGUGCAGCCACUAGCGGGAGUCGAUCCCUGGGGUGACGAAGAUGGAAACGCUCGUGCUGAUGAGACUACUGUUAAGGUUUGAUGAUAGAUUCUGGAAAAUGGGGCUUCUCUGGAAAAAGGGGUUUCUCUAGUGGCAUACCCAUACUCUCGGAGAUUGCUAAAAAAUGGAUUCCACUGGAAUUUUGCAACAUCUAACCCACUAGUCAUAGGUGGCGGCGGACAAGGCGGAUCUUCACCAGGAGACCAAAUCACGCCACAAGACAAAGAAACGAAUGAUGAAGAUCAAGAUGCUUUCUCUUUCUCCAAACUGGCAGAUCAGAUUCAGAAGGAAGCACAAAAAAUCCAGGAUGCAAUUUGGGCCUCAUCUACAUCAGAGCAAGAUGAUGAUAGCAAUGACAAUCAACUGACUCAGAAAAUCUUCACAAGUGGAGCUAGAAACUUUUACCAGGACAACAAGCUGGUGAAGGACAGAAACAAGAACAUGAACAAAGAUGACUUUGACCAACGUCGUGCUGGUGCUGGAGGUGAUGUUUUUAUGCUACAAGAACAGAACCAGAAGUCUACUAGAACAAGAUCUGGUUUUGCCAACAGCAAGAACAACAAGGAAGGAUCAUACUCGUCGGCUGUGAUGGGUGCGACAGAGCGAAUCGCCCACAUGCUUUUCGGCGGAGUGAUCGGCGCUGUGUUAGCAGCUUGCUUCUUCCUCUCCUCUACCACGACCUCGAACUCUUCUAGGACGACGAUCAUGGCGGGAAGGUCGGACCACAGUUGCACCAGGAACCUCUUGGAGCAGGAGGAAGAGGAUAAAAAGAUCAAUGCGCUUUGCUCUGCCGAUCAUCACAUCGAAGUGGUGGGCAGUAUUAGGAAUGCUGAGCAGGAGGAGGGUGGCAGUGGGUUGCCUUACCAACGGAUGAUGUAGGAGCAGGUGAAGGUGGACGAGCAAGGAAGAUAGGUGAAGGAUGAGGGAAGAUAAACCAUUUUUAUAGCCAUACCACCGUUCCUCGUAGUGUUAGACUUACUCUUACACCUAGACUUCUUAGAGGAAUUAGAAAUACUCUUACAGUACUCCCACAGCAGUGACACUACGUAUGAAGCCCCAACAUAGUCAAUGAUAGGAGCUUUUAUCACAUCACAAAAAAAGCAUACUCCCAGAUGCCCGUAAAUGAAAAAACGUAGUUUCGAAGAUUUUUUAUUAGAUCAUGAACAUUUUGCCAUAAAAACCAUAAAUGUUGUAAUUAUGUUCUUGAUUAUCUUCCUAUUUUCUUGUUAUCUGUAGAGAUACAGUAAGUAGAGAAGUUGUUAUAUUCGGUAGAGAAGUUGUUAUAUUCGGUAGAGAAGUUGUUAUAUUUUUUCAAUGUCAACUUAAAGUAAGACAACACAAGCAAGCCAACACGAACAACAUACACGUGUAUGAUAGGACUUCAACCACGCAACACCAGAUUUUGCAUCAAAGUACUUUCCUUGUCAAAAAGUGUGUUGAGAGACACUAGCAAAGACUUGGAUACCGCGUUAGGAUGUGCGAGC